AUGUGGUUCCUCAAACUUGACGAGACUAACUGGGCUUGUGAGGACUGUGCAGGAGCGUGGAUGGGACAGCUCACUCCCCAGGACACACUGACUCUCCCACAGCCGGCGGUGGCAGAGAAGAAGCAGGUUCUUCUAAAAGGACUCCACCUGACCCCUCGCCAAUCACCUAUAGUCUGUAAAAGGCCAUUUUUGUUGGGAGGCUCUGCUAGAGAGAUCCUACAGGAGCUUGCCAGUCAGACAUCACAGCACCAACUAUCCAUGCCAGUGGUGGUGAAUGGAAACAAGGUCCUGGAGGCUGCCAUGGAGCUAGUGAAGAGGAGUGACUUCAACCCGUCCCAUGCCCUUGCGGUGAGGUUCACAAGCAGCAAGCACAGUUCCAGCCCAGACACCUGCCCUGGCAACACCCGGCACUUCCUCAGGCUCCUGGUGCAGCAGCUCCAGAACACUGUCUUUGAAGGUCCGGAUGGUGCCAAGACCCUGACCCUCGAUGCACGAGCUCUGAGGGAGGAUGUCUACUUUGACGUGGGGUGUCUUCUGUCCCUGAGUCUGGUCCACGGGGGACCUCCUCUGGGCUUCUUCUCCAGGGCUCUCUACCUGUGUCUGUUCAACUUCCCCAGGGAUACACCUCUCACUGUGGAAGACAUGGGCAGCACUGGGUUCACAGACAAAGUCAAGAAGAUUCAGGAAUCCAAGUCCUUGGAGGAAUUGAGAGAGGCAAUGGAGUCAGCUUCAGAAUACCUGGAAGUGGCUGGGUGCACUAGACCAGUUGAGAGCCUUUCAGACAAAGAUACACUCGUUAAAGACAUUGUAAGCUUCCACCUAAUAACAAGAAUGCAGUUACCCGUCCAAAGGUUCUGUGAGGGUCUGAAAACCCUUGGUGUGUUUGACCAGGUCCAGAUGUUUCCAGGAGCCUUUGUUGGUCUGUUCUGUUCCUCUCAUGACAAGCUGACCGCUGACACCAUGGCAGCUCUCUUCACUGUUCAGUUCUCAGACCAGGAAGAGACCGCAGGGAAGGAGACCGCUGUGGUCACCUUCUGGAGACACUACCUAUUGGAGUGUGAAGUUGGCAGAUGUGCAACAUCGCUAGAGGACGUGCUCAUCUUUGCCACCUCAGCUGAUGUGGUACCAGCUGUAGGGUUCAGCCCCAGCCCUACCUUAUCCUUCCUCCAUCCACUGGACCCGGCCGGGGCCUUCCCUGUGAGCCAGCCCAGCUCCAACCGCCUCCUGCUGCCGGUGGUACCUUCCUACCAGGCCUUCAAGAAGCACAUGGAGUAUGCAGUGUGCCAACUCACAGUCUUGCAGAGCAUUUGAUCACAGACACACAGACAGUAUUGAUCUAUAUAAGCACAACUUUAAUAGACUGUCAAUGAACUUGUAGGACACAUUUCAUUUGGAUUCUGUACUUCAGUUGAUAUUUACUCACCUCAUAGAGUUUCAGGUUUGGGUAGGGUAUUUCCACCACGACAGAGAUGAUACUUUUUGUAUUAUAGGCUUUAGCUGUUGACUUUUAUAAACUAUUUUACACUAAUUGAAUUGUUAGAAAGAGCAUUACUUUAGGUGCUACAAUUGUUUGAAUGGUCAUUUCUUUGUUUGAAUGGUAAUAUGUUUGGUUUGAAAUAUUUGUUUCUUUCUCUUUUGGGAUUCUCUUUGAUAUAUUUUAUGUUGUACAUACUGAAGUGUGUGUAUCAAUGUUUUCUGUAAAGUUCUGUCAAUUAUAUGCUACAUUUUCUAUUUUUGUGAUUGUUCUGUUGUUUGUUAUGUACUGUUCAGGUUGCAUGUCUUAUUUGUUUUGGCUUUGUAUGUAUUUUCUAUGUUUACUAACUUCUCACGCAUUUUACUCAUGCCAAAUUAAACAUUUGCAUUUA